GUAGGGACUUUUCGUUAGAUUAACGGAAUUAUUUGAGAAACAAAGCCACUGGACGGGGCAUGGGUUCCUUUCUCUUUGCAGGCUUAGCCCUGCUGUGUGUGUUUCUGUCUCAGGAGGUGGCGUCUAUACCUUUUCCCACAGGUGUUACACGGACUGAAUGUCGAGGCCGUUACUUCUGGAUAUGGAUGGACAAGGCCGCUUUGGGGCAGAGCUCUUGGGCGUAUAGUGUCUUCAAUGAGCUGGGACAGCGCAUUCCUGUGACGGACCAUGUGGCAGCCCAGUGUGGCUUCACCAAAACCACAGACUUAUAUGGCAAUCCUGAGAUCAGAGUGUCCUUUCUGGGCUGCUCGGUUCACAACUUGUUUGACCAGGAUUUCAGCCUCCAUCUCCAAGUGGAAGUCACCAGCCCAUCCAAUGUGACUGCUGCGUAUGAUGUCUCCAUGAAAUGUCCUUUGGGUUCUGCAUGGAGCCCCCGGGAGAUUGUCUGUGAGGAAAAUUAUAUGGAAGUUUCUGUUCGGCGUGCAGUCCCAGGAAUAGCAAGUGAGGCACUGAAUGAAGACUGGAUUGCUGUGUUUCCUGUGGCUCAGGGGGCUAUGAACCAGGUGUGGCAGGUGGUCUUCCAUUUCCAGAAUGGCUCCUUGCAGAACAUGAUGGCCACCGAGGCCCAUGCCCUUGGCUAUGGGGUCAACACCACAGCUAGCAGGGUGCUCUUCCGCACUCCUUAUGGCACGCAGCAGACCGAAAUCGCUAUGGUGAAAGGCCUGGAAGUUGAGGUGGCUCGAGCCACCGUCUUCUACAAACAGGCAUGGAUGAUAUUGAUGGUGGAUACUGCAGUUGCCUGUCCCAUCAACGCUCCAGUUUUCACAGCCACCACUCUAAGCUGGGUGACCCCACGGAUCAUGCCUUCACUGGUUGCGUUCCCCAAUCUCUAUCGGGAUGAAGCCAUCGAGAUGGGCUUGGAUGGACGUGUGAUUGACAGGGUGACUGUGGCAAGAAACGGAUACACCUUUCUGACCGACAGGAUAGAUUUUAUCAGCAUCACGGUCCCCAUUGGAGCUGUGGGUGGGCUCACAGAGAGUGAUGUGAUGGACAACUAUUAUGGCACAACCUACAGCAUCAGGCUGAUGUUAGACCGUAAAUGGCAAGGAGAUGAGAGUGAUCGGACUCGCCACCGCAGCCUGAAGCUCAUUCGCACACCCUUUGCCCUUCAGAUGCUGGUCCUGAUCAACAAUACAAUCCCAGAGAAGGGCUAUUUUGAUAUCAGCCUGGGCAACUUUCUCCCUGAUGUGGAGCUGACCUCUGUUGGCAUUGGUGGCAUGCCCUUAACGCCCAAUGAUCUCAACAUGCGUGGCUGCCAUCUGGAUGAAAGGCCCAAUCCCAAUAAUACCCGGGUUUUAAUUCUCCAGGUCCCUUUCACUGAUCCUCUGGUAGAACAGAAGUAUCUAUAUGGCAACAUCCGGAGGUACACUGUUCGCCUUGACUACGUCCUCAACCUGGUCCCCAAGGACAAGCUGUUCACUUACCCUGCGGUCAUUGAAUGUGAUGUCCCAGAUGUUGUUCUUCCAACCUUUGAGGGCUUUUGCGAGACAGGAAGGAUUGGUCUGGUGAUGACUCAUGGAAAUUUGAACCGUUACUGGGUCUCAUAUGUGGGCAACCAGAAACUGACCAGUGAAUUAAUUGUGUCACAAAACUACACUGUCCAAGAUGACGGCAAGUACUUCUACCUGUCAGUGCCCUUCUUGGCAGUUGGCUUGUCAUAUCAGGAUAUUUCUCUCCAAGGGCUGACGACUCAACUUGAUUUCAGCCUGCGGGACAACAAGACGCUGGCGAUAAAUGUAGCAUUCUCCUUUGCUUGCAUUUUCCCCACAGGAAAACUGCUUGUGUGCCUCCCCAAUGGAACCAUGGCUGCCACAAUCCUCAGCCUCGACACCAAACCAUCCUUGAACCCUAGGAAUACCCACCUGAGAGACAGGAACUGUGGGCCAGUUGCAGCUGAUGAAUCCAGGGCUCUCUUCUCUUUUUCUGUAGCCUCUUGUGGCACCACAAGAACAUUUGAAGGCAACUACUUGGUGUAUGAGAACGAAGUGACCUUCAGGAGGGAGAUGAUUCCAGAUGCGAAACCAGUCAUCACCAGGGACUCCCAGUACAGCCUGACAUUGCGCUGUCACUACCCCCUGAAUGAGACACUUCAAGUGGUGGCCCAACGACUGCAAGGGGAGAUUGGAACCCCUGCUCCAUAUGUCCUUGGGGUCAAAGGAUAUCAGCAGAAGAGAUCGGCAGAUCAUCAAAAUGUGUCCCAGCCAAGAGUAGCUUAUUUGUCAACAGGAGGAGCUGGGAAAAGGUGGCUCUGGUUUCCAGCUUUUGGAGUGGCUUUAGUGGUAGGAGGAUUCCUGCCUAUUACAUUCCUGGGUUGUUAAGCAAAUUAAAAAAAAUGUAACCUUCAA